GUCGUGGUGUUGUUUAACGUUUCCUGUUUCGUCCCUUAAUUUAUUAAUUUUAUCUGCAACAGAAAGAAAUUGUGAAAAUGUCUGGAGGAGCAUCAGAAAUUGAGAUCCUUCAAAUGAAGGCAAAUCAAGUUACUGAUGAAUCAUUGGAAAGUACAAGACGUAUGCUUCAGUUGGUUGAAGAGAGUAAGGACACUGGUAUUCAAACUCUGGUUGCUCUUGAUGAGCAAGGAGAGCGAAGAUAUUGGCAGCAAAACCAUAGUUAUGCUGAAUGAUCAAGGGGAACAACUUGACAGAAUUGAAGAAGAAAUGGAUGCCAUUCAUUCUGAUAUGCGUGAAGCGGAGAAGAACUUAACUGGAAUGGAAAAAUGUUGCGGUAUUUGUGUUUGCCCGUGUUUUAAGGCAUCAGAUUUCAAAGAUGAUUCUCGAGCCUGGAGAAGUAAUGAGGAUGGGAAAGUGGUCAAUACCCAACCAACAAGGGUAGUUGAUAACAGAAAUGGUGCUGGUCCCAUGGUUGGAGGAUUUGUACAAAGAAUAACAAAUGAUGCUCGUGAAGAUGAAAUGGAAGAAAAUAUGCAACAGGUUAGCUCCAUUAUUGGAAAUCUUAAAAAUAUGGCAAUAGACAUGGGUAGUGAGAUUGAUUCACAAAACAUGCAAAUUGACAGGAUUAACAUGAAGGCACAAUCAAAUGAAACUCACAUUGUUAAUGCUAAUGAAAGGGCUUCCAAGCUGCUGAAGAAUUAAAUCUAUUAUGUGAAAACUUGAAACUUUUGGUGAUGUGUAGGGUGUUGCUGUAUCCAAGAGUGAGGCUUAGUAGAAGAGCAGUCUACCUUCUAUGUAAAAGGCCUCAAACAUAUCGUUUUUCUGCUUUUUCAGAGAGUAGAUGUUGUGCCAGUGCAUUCAUUUCUUUCUGCAACCAUUAAAUACUACCUUCUGAGGCACAAAGGCCCAAUAUGUUUUUCAGAUUUCAUUACAUGUUUGUUUAAUCUGUACUUAUUUAUGAAAUAAUACCCAUACUAGUAAAAUUUUGAGCUUACUUUUAAAACUACAUUUUUUUAAAUGUGCUAAUACCUGUAAAUUUGCUUUAAAAAGUUUAUGUAGCACCUUUGGACUUUACAUCAUGUGUAUAUAAAUGACAGCAAAAGAAAAAUUUUUUUAAUGUUUUUGUUACUAUAAUUUACUAUAUAGCAUUUCAUAAUAAGUUUUAUCAUCAUAAAUAUUCUUUUCUUGUGUUAAUUGGUUAGCUUGGUAUCAUGCAUUUUUAUUUACCUACCUUUUUUUUUAUCAUGUUUUAGGGUAUGUUUGGUAUUUUACUGCAUCUAUUUCGUUAAAACUGUAAUCUGUUAAAUCUUUUAUUGUGUUAAAAUGUUGAAUGUAAUGAUCAAUCAAAAUAUUUCAUAUGUCAUAAAAUUAUAAUGUUAUUAUAAUAUUGAACAUUAAAGUUAAUGAAUUUUCUAUACUGAAAUUAAGCAUAAAAAUUUUGUUAAAAUGAUAAAUAUAUUUUGUGUGAGUCUGGGCUGAAUGUAUAUGUAUCAUAAAAUGUUUGAAUUUAAAGAAAGAUCUAAAAUAUUUUUAUGUAUAUUUUAAAUAAGAAAUUUAAAUUUUGAAAGAAUUGUGGGAUGUUUGUUAUACAGAUUAUGCUUUAUGUACUUAUAUUUAAAACAUUUAUAGUAGCUUAAAUAUUUAAUGUUUCAGAAAGUGAUUGUGUAUGUUGUUGUACUUACGUUUUUAUAACAAUAUUGUUAUAAAGUUACAAUGUAUAAUCAUUGUAAAAUGUUUGUGUUUCAUAUGCCACGUGGUUUGAUUUAUUCUACAGUAAUUAAAUGAGGUAACAUUUUUUGUGUAAUUUUGGUAGGUAGUAUGUUCCAAUAUUUUCAAACAGAUUUAUUCAAAACAUUUUACUCUGCAUUGAUCUUUUUUCCUAUAUUAGUAUUUUAUAACUAUUGUUUGUGAUGCUAUUACGUACAAAAAACUUCAUUGUAAUGCUUAUAUUUUCUGGGGGGGGAAAGAGUGUGAAAAAUCACUUUCUGUGGAAAGUUUUGGUAAUUUUUUUAUAAUAUAUUAGACAUUUUUAAAAUAAAAUCAAUAAGGAUUCAGUAUAUUUAUAUAAAUGAAUCGUGCAUAAUCGUGCAGGAAAGAAAUAUUAAAUUACAUUUACAAAGAUAUUACAUGAAAACAUUGAUAUAAUGGAGAGCAAGAACUGAAUUUCUGAUCUCAUGAAUCAGGUAGUACCAGUUAUUAAUCUAUAAUGUGUUAUUUAUAAAAGUUCAAGUUCAUUAAGUUUAAAUAACUUGCUUCAUAUGUAUGCAUUUAUAUAUAUAGAGAGAGAGAGAGAAGAAAUAAAUACAAAGUAAAAAAAAAAAGUUCAAAAUUUUAUAAAAUUGUACGCUGAAAGCACAACAUUUGAUGGUAAUAAUGCAUAAGGAAACAAAAUAAAAAAUACUUUUAAAAUUUAUCCCAUAUUCAAUUCAGAAUAAACGAGAUACAGAUACAAAAUGGCAAACCUCAAGAAAUGGAAGGGGGGCAAAACCCAAAAUUAAGAAUAUUUACAUCUUUCAUCACAUUUUCAUCACGGGAUUAAUGUCACAAAAGAAGCAAAUAAAUAAAAUAGCCUUUUUCUGUACUGACAAAGACAAAUUAGAGUUUAAAAUUUUAAAAAAAAUUAUCUUAGAAAAGCAAUCGAAGUAAUCUGUGACUCUAUCUUUCCAUCCCCUACAGGCCGAAAUAAGCGUUACAGAAAUUCUAGUGUUGAAACCAUAGAUAAACUGAAAAAGACUGAAAUAAUAAAUGAAUUUUAAAAAUAUUUUUGAGUAGAUUUUGUCCCAAAAACUUGCAGAAAUAAUAAUCCAGCACUUGAAAAAAAACAAAACUGUGUAAACUAAAUGCAAUUUUUGAGACAUACGGGCCAUGUAAAAAAUAAUACUAAAUUAAAAAAAUUAAAAGUUUGGUACUGUGCUUCUGUUUUUUGUUAUUUGCAUAUGGUUUAUUCCGAAUUGAGUAUAGGAUAAAUUUUAAACAUAUUUUCUGUUUUUUAAUAUAUUUUGUUUUGUAUUAUAUGUAUAUGUGUGCACACAACAUUUGUGCAUGUAUGCAGUCUUAAGAUUUACCUAAAAUUAAGUUCACAUUUUUUUAAAUACGCAUUAAUAUAUUUUCAUUAAUAAACUACAUUUUCAUAUAAAGGGUUUUAAAAGGACAAAUUUAUGAAUUUUUAUUGAUAAAAUAAAUUUUCAUAUAAAGGGUUUUAAAAUAUAUGUGUGGAUUUGUUAACAUAAGUAUGGUAAAAAAAUUUAUUUUCAAACAUAUUUUACUGUUUUCUAUAUAUCUGUUGGUGUAAAGUUUUUUAUAUGUAGAAAGUAGCUGUCGGCUUUGUUUCCUCAAACAUACAUUGUAGAUGGUGCUUCUGAUUAUAAAAUUUUUCAAAAUAGGCCAAAUUUUUCCAAGAAUAGUUUUAACACUGUAAUUACAAUUUUGCAAAUAUGAGAUUUAACUUUUUAUAUGUUAUGCUGGGUUUAAGCAAUUCAAGAAGUUCCAUAUAUCUCUAUGUGAGAUUCAUCUAAUUAAUAUAUAUAUGGGUCAGAUGUAAAUGAAAUAAUGAGUACUGCUUUACCCAGUAAGAAAUUAUUGAUCACUAAAAUGAGGAACUUGUGUUUACUCUUAAAAUUUGCUCAGAAAAUUGCUGAAUUUCGUUGGUUAUAGCAUGGAGAAAGUGCAGAAACUAAAUUUGUUUUUUAGUAUUGUAAUGAAUUUUUUAAGUAAAAAAUUAAGCAUUAUGAACAUUAUACUGGUGAAGUUUUGCGGCACAGGAAUAUUAUAAAAAGUUAGAUUUUAAUGUCUGCAAAGGCCAAACCACUUACUUUGUUAAAACUGCUCUUUGCCUUUUUAUAGAGACCUCUCUAAUAUUUACUUCUGAAAUCCAUACCUUAUAUAAAUAAUAUGUGGAAUUCAUGUAUAGAGUACAUAUGGAGUACAUAUCUUGUCUCUAAGGAAAUAAAGCCUGUAGCUACUUUUUUCAAACAAUCUGUAUAUGUGCGUGUAAUAUAUAUAUGUAUAUAUAUGAAACAAGUGUUUGCAGAAAAUAGUGAUCACAAUAUUAAUAUAUGCUCAUGAGGAGAUUGUGCACAAACUAUAGUGCUGUGAAAAUUAGUGCUGUGAAAAGUGAGAAAAUAUGCUCAGUGUAUUUGCUAUAGAAUAUUAAAUAAUUUUCUAAUCAUAACUUUAAAAUAUUUGACAGUUAAAUUUUUUGCAGUUAACUUUUGAAAUUAAUUUUAUAAUUUGACUUGUCAAUAAGAUUAUGUGCCUUGUUAAUAUUAUAUGCCAAAAAAUAUAGAUAAAAAUGUAAUUGUCUUUUUCUCAAAAACAUUAAAAUUAAUUACCAAAAUUCUACAAAAGUUAUUCAUUUACAAAAUCAGAGGAGUUAUUAAAAUUCAGUUCACUCAUAUUUUAAUUCAACAAAUUUUUCAAAAUUUAGUUCCGCCUUCCCCCCCUUUCCUUUUUGAAGGCCUAAAUAGGAGCUAAGCUUCAUGUGAAGUAAUUUAUUUUCCUGUCAGUUUUAUAAAGUGUACUACUAACUUGUGUGUUUUUGAAGAAGCAUAAAAGUAUUGAAUUUAUGAAUGGAAACUGUUUUCUUUUAUUCUGCAUAUCACUACCUUUUUCAAUCGGAGAUUCCCAUUUAGUAUGAGUAAGAUGUAAGCAUAUUAUUGAAAAUUUCUUGUAAAAUUUUGUAAAUUUCUAUAACAUAUGCUAUCAACAUUUAUAUAUCUAUAUUUACAUAAAUAAUUCUCAGAAAAAGAUUUAAAUUGGGCCAAACAUUGAUUAUACUGUAUCAUUUUGCACAACAUUUAAUUCUUUGUUUGAUAGUGUACCAUUGGAUAUAUAUGUAUUUUGUCAUUAAUGUGAAAUACUUUUAUGAAAUAUAGAUCUAUAUAUUUGUACAAAUGAUUUUGAAGCUGUGUACUUAAAUUCUUUGUAGUUCGCUGAAUGAAUAAUGAGAUUAUUUUCAGGUGAGAGAAAAUUAUAAACAUUCCUUGAAUAACUGAGAAUUAACUCACAAAUAUAGUAGUUGCAGUCUUGGAUGUUGUACUUAAUAUACACUAUUAAAGUUUAGAUAACUAGUCAGGAUAAAUGUUGCAGUGUUAUUAAGUGGCAUGUAAACAUCAGUUUAUUGUAGUACUUCGUGUGUUGGUGCUUUUUAAAUCAACAGUGAGCUGGGUGUUUCUUUCCUAUGAAUAUGUAUUAUUUUAAUGUGUGAACCUGUAUAGUUUUAGUGGUUCUCAAUAGAAGUUAUAGUUCCUGAUUUUAUUAAAGGGGGACUAGCUGUGUUUUUCUGAUUUAAUUAAUCUUUUUAAAGACUGUUUUUUAAUAUUGUAAAACAACAUUUAAUAUAGUGAAAGGAAUUGUAAGAUUAUGUAAAAGUAAAGUUAAUAUAUUUAAUUAACUUUAUGAAAUGAAUUAAAAGCUUUUUUUUUUUUUUUUUUUUUUUUUUAUUUGGGAAAAAAAAUGCAAAAAUAUUUUACUGUAGAUAUUAAUUCUUUUUUUCCACCCUUUGAAUGUUAAAUUUGUUGCUUGCUUGUUUGAGGGGAAAGGAGUCUUAUUAAUUGCAUAAAACUACUAAAUUUGUUGUAGUUGUAAAACUUUUGCUUUGUAAAAAGUGUGCAUGUAGAUUUUUUUUUUAAUACUGUAAAAAUGUAAGUUGUAUACAGCCAUUUUUAAGUUUGUAAUUUUCUACCAAAAUGAAAAAAAUUGAAUUUUGAAAAUAGUAAUUUUGUGCCAAAUAACAAAUAAACAGCAUAGUUUAUGCUAGCAAAUUUGAUAGUAUUUUGACCUCUUUUGAAUAAAAACAUGUAAAUUAUAUAAUACAUUUCUUUUCUUGAAUCUUUUUAUGUCAAAAAAUUCUAGUGGAAUCAAAUUGAAAUUAUAACUUGGCGCUUUGUAGUUUUCCUCCUUCCUUCUCAUUCUCAAGCCAUUAAGAUUUUUUUGUUAUCAUAUAUAAAAUGGAGUGUAAUAUAUGUUGAGUUAAAGUUUAAAGGAGGUGUUUUUUUUUAAUUUAAUUUUAUACCUAAUAUAAUAAUAUUGAGAACCAUCAUGUAACUAUCAAAUGUUGAUGUUUGUCUUCUGUGUUGUGAUGAUACUAGAGUUCUGGCUUUUGUAGCCAAGCAUUACUAGUAGAAAAAUGAUCUUUUUGAUCAUUAUGUUGUAUCAUUGUGUAAAUAAAAGAUGUCCUGUGAUGUAUGUUUUCAGUCAGUUAGGGAAAAUUUGAUGGAAUGCAAUGGAUAUAAAAUACACUUGUCAGAAUUUCAAACUGGGCAGAAGUGAUAAAUUUAGUACUAGCCAGUUGCGGCAUAAUGAUCAAAAAGAUUUUUUAUAUACUGUAUACUUUUUCUGUUUAUUUGUGUUUCAUAUUUUAGAUGAUGUUUCCCUCCUUGUUGUAAUCAAAAAAUGGUUCUUUAAUUAUUUUUUAAAUGUUCCUACUCUUUGAUAUUGUAUGCCGUUAUGGUAAAUGUAACUUGAAAAUUCAGUGUUAUAAUAUUAAUUUUCUGGAUUGCCUUCCUUUUACAAGUUGCCAACUCUUUUUCUGUUUUAUUAAUGAAAUGAAAUUCUAUGCUUAUGUUGAACAUGCCUUCUUAUUGCUCAUGAAUGGUGCCUCAUUUGUGUUAUGAAGAGUAAAUUAAUUGCACAUUAUGAUAAUGAUAAUCAUUUUAUACAAAUAAAAUUUAUUCUUUCAUAUUUAUAUAAAUAUACAUUUCAUAACAGUGUUUGAAAUAAAAGAAUUUGCUAAAAACAAACUAAAUUCACAUCAUAGGUACUGUGCAUUUUAUACCCAAUAAGUCUUAAAAAUAAAUUAUCUCUAUCCCAUACCGUCCGUAUAUUAUACGCCUUCACAGAUUUUGUUUUAAGCUUGCCUGAUAUGAAAUUUCUUACUUUUAUGAAGCAGAAAAUAUGUCUUGCUUAUUAUUUAUUAACAUAUAUAUUGUUGAAAAGGGUUGGCAACUAAUUGUGCUUGUAAAAAUAUCAUUUAUAUUUACUUGUGACUAUGGGACCACAUUUAUAUCAACUGAAGCUCCAGUAAAAUUAUAUUAUGCAGAAAAAUACAGCAAAAUGAUGAAUGUUUAAAAUCUUUAGAAGGAAAUAUAGGUAUGUGGACAGCACUGAUUUAUUCUUAAAAUUAUGUAAUGUUUUAUUCUUCAGAGCAGUUUAUCUAACAUUUCAGAUUUUAGAUUUUUCACAUUUCACAUAGUUUCGUCUUUGUAAAGUAAAAUAAAAAUAAAUAGGCUUGAUUAACACAAAACAAACUCUUUUUUGCACAGUUUAGUCUAAAAAUUCUUAACACUACAGUAAUAUUUUAAACUAUUAAUUUAGAAAUCAGAUGCAGAUAUUUUAAUUGUAUUUUGCACCUAUUUUGAAUAUAAUACUCGUGGAAGAAAAGUUUGAAAUAAGUGGAGCGAAGCAAAGGUUGACAUACAUAAUAAUUCAAAUAAUAACAGUUUCCUUGUAUUAAUCAUUCAUAUAACUUUGGGACAUAUUUCUCUAAUAUUGUACUGGAAACGCUUUGUAUAUUACAUUUGACAUAAAUUUUUCUUAGAAGUAAUUUUUGAUAAAAAAAAAAAAAAAGGUUCUGGUUCAAUAUCAGUUUUAACAUAAAACAUGCUUUUAAAUAUCUCAAUUUUUAAUAUAAUAUUGUAAUUGGGAAAAAAUUUAUAACAUUUUUUACUAAAUUAUAUAUUUUUAUCAUUUGUAAAUAUCUAAAUUUUGUAACAUAUAUAGCAUAUCUGCACCUAAAUUCUGGAAGCUGUCGAGAGAGAGAGAAAUUUGAGAGGUUAAAAACUGCUUACUUCGUUACAAAACAAUAAGUUUCUCAAAUAUGCCUUACUUUGGCUGCAUUGCAAUGGUUUGUUGGUAAGUCGCUGCAAGCUGAAGCCAUACAUUUCUAUGCCCCCCCCCUUUUUUUUUUUUUUUUUUUUUUUUUUUUUUUUUUUAUUUUAUGAACUGUUUAUGCAUUUUCUCAACCCCAUGCACUCUUCUCUUUUAAAAUUAUUUUAUAAAAAUUUUCUUCUUAGAAUUUUUAUUUAUUUAUACUUUUAUGUUAACUAACAAUGAAUGGGGGUACUUUGCUUCUUUAUAUACAUAAUACCUAUUUUUAACAUUUAAUCUCUUAACAUGACAUUUUACGUUUGCCUGUUUUAUAUGUAAACUAAUGUUAACUUCAUUCUCAAUUCAACAUAAAACCAGAUUAUCAACUGUAAAAUUAUUUUAUUUUGAACCUUUUUAUUAUCAAAUUUGUGAUUUGAAAAAUAUUUUUAAAUUUUAUUAAAAUAUGAACAGAGAUUGUUAGCAUGUAAAAUGUCAUGUGCUAAACAUUUACAUAUCAGUAUGUUAUAUGUGAAGUAAAAUAUUCCCCAAUUACUUGGGGCUAAUUUUAUUUAUUAUUUCUCUCAUAUUAUUUUUAAAUACCAUGUGUGUCUUUUAUAGAAUUGCUGUCUAAUUCCAGUGGAAGAGCAUAUUUCUAGUGAUUAAUUUUUUUAAGAAAAAUAAUUUUAAUCAGUUCAUCUGCAUUAUAAGUGGAACCGUACUCUUCUUUAUUAUAAAGCUAAUUAAGUGUUUAAAAUUGUUCCAAAAUUGAAAUAUUUCUGCAAAAAACAGAAAAAUAAUUUUCAUUUUGAAAUAUUUUUCUGUAUUUCCUUUAUAUCUCUGUGUACAUUUUUAUUUAUCUUUAAAAUAUUGCUCAGUUUUAAAUCUGAAUAUGAUUCAGAAGCAUAAAUUUGGCAUGGGGUUUAAAAAUUCUUUUAAUGAAUCCUGUUUUCUGAGGUUUCAUAAACAGAGCAUUUGCUAUGAUUGAACCAAAGAACUUUUUAUCUUCAAACUAUAUUUCUAUUGAAUUCUAUUUUAUGAACAGAUUGUAAAUCUAUCAUUAAUGAUCCGUGCUAAACUGUGCCAAUAUUUUUCUUACUCUUUGUCAUACCUGAAGCACAUUUUUCUGCAAUUUUGAAAUAUUUGUAAAUAAGUUGAUAUGAAGAAUUUAUUUUCCUCAUGUUUUGGAGACCCGGUGACAUGCAUCAGCAACAAACGUGUGGGGUCCCAUUUUUAAUGUUUGUAAUAUAUUGUAAUACAUUUCACUGAAAUUCAGUAUGAAUUGUAAUGAAUGUGAAAUUCAACUCUUUUUAAAUGAAAAGCAAAUUAUGAUAUUUUGUAUGUUUUUAAUUUCAUACAAGUCUACAAUUAUUGUGCUUGUAUCAAGUGUAAUGCCUUGUAAAUCUGUCUGUAUGCUGCCUUUGUGUAUAUGUUUGUUGCUGGGAUUGAAUAAGUGUUAUAAAAAUGCAUGUCUUAUAUAAGCUACGUGAAUAAACAAUACUGUGAUAGCACAA